AUGUCUACAGAAGGUCUCUUCACACCUGUACCGGGGGUUGAACCUACCAAAGGCGGCGUAUACCUAUGGCGCUACCUUCCAAGUACUGCUGCUGCUGUCAUAUUCUUGAUUCUCUUCCUGGGUUCUUUUCUCUAUAUAUCUUGGAGAAUUUGGAGAACGCGCACUUACUUUUGCGUUGCUUUUGCUAUUGGUUGCUUUUUUCAAAUGCUCGGUUAUGGUAUUCGUGCUGGUGCUCACAACAGAACCAAUAAGAUCAUGCCUUAUGCCACCCAAAACAUGUUUAUCCUUGUCGCCCCAGCCCUCUUCGCUGCGUCGAUCUAUAUGAUCCUCGGUCGAAUCAUCAGAGGCCUGAACGCCGAUCGACACUCUCUCCUCAAGCCAACGAAGUUGACAAGAACCUUUGUACUUGGCGACGUACUAUCCUUCAUGGUUCAGGGUGGUGGCGCCGGCAUGUCAGCAAUCCAGAACACAACCAUGGCAAAGUGGGCUGAAAGACUUGUCAUCAUCGGCCUCGUCAUCCAGAUCGUUAUUUUUGGUAUAUUCUGCGUUGUCUCUGUGGUAUUCCAUCGUCGAAUGUCCCGCACACCAACAGCCGAGUCGAUUGGUACUCUUAUUCCAUGGGAAUCAACCUUGCAUAUGCUCUAUGCUGUCAGCUUUCUCAUCAUGGUCCGCUCCAUUUUCAGGGUUAUCGAAUAUGCCCAGGGGUAUACUGGAUAUGCUCUUUCUCAUGAGUGGACUUUAUAUGUAUUCGACACUCUGUUGAUGUGGCUUGUGACAGCUAUAUUCGCUUUUCGUUACCCUAGCGAUAUAACUGUCAACCACGGCCAUUCUGGCUCUAUGCUGCUAGAAGAAGUCCAUGCUGAUAAGUAA